AGCUCCUGUCGCCGUCGCGGCUUCCGGUGCUAGGUGGAGGAGAGGAAGGAGGGAGCUGGGGAGCGGGGCCAGGGGAGCAGCCUUGUCGAAAUCGGCUUGGGGGAGUCGGAGGGAGCGGAACCAGUGCCGAGCGGAACCUGUGGGGGCGGCGGCGGCGGCUGCUGCGGCGGCGGAGGAGCUGGGAGCAGGAACAGGAUCGAGUUCUCCAUACCAGGGCCCAGGCCAAAACCAGACUGCCACUGCCCCCACUUGAGCCCUCCUGUCCUCAGAAAGUGGUUGCUGUGAUCAUGGGUAAUAUCUUUGGAAACCUUCUGAAGAGCCUGAUUGGGAAGAAGGAGAUGCGCAUCCUGAUGGUGGGCCUGGAUGCUGCAGGAAAGACCACCAUCCUGUAUAAGCUGAAACUGGGGGAGAUCGUCACCACCAUCCCCACCAUUGGGUUCAACGUGGAGACAGUGGAGUACAAGAAUAUCAGCUUCACAGUCUGGGAUGUGGGUGGCCAGGACAAGAUUCGACCUCUCUGGAGACACUACUUCCAAAACACCCAGGGGUUGAUAUUUGUGGUUGACAGCAAUGAUCGGGAGCGAGUAAAUGAGGCCCGAGAGGAGCUGAUGAGGAUGCUGGCAGAGGAUGAGCUCCGGGAUGCAGUGCUCCUUGUCUUUGCAAACAAACAGGAUUUGCCUAAUGCUAUGAACGCUGCUGAGAUCACAGACAAGUUGGGCCUGCAUUCUCUGCGUCACCGCAACUGGUACAUUCAGGCCACCUGUGCCACCAGCGGGGACGGGCUGUACGAAGGCCUGGACUGGCUGGCCAAUCAGCUCAAAAACAAGAAGUGAGAGCCAGGCAGCCCUAUCCGACCACCCCGCCUAUCCCUGACACACCUACUGUCUCCCUGCCCCAGCCCUGCCCCUUCCUUCCCGUUGCCAGUGUGGCCAGGGCCCUGGGUAUCAUGUCCGCAUGCCCAACAAGAGCCUUGCCUCCCCUGCCUCCCCCCGCCCCAUCCCCUGUCCAUGACCAGUCCCCAGUUGCUGUCCUGAUGAUGAAUCAUUCCAAUUUAUCGGAUUUAAAACAAAAA